AUGGUAGGAUUAUUUUGCAAUCUGUUACCUAUUCAGAACUUGUUUUGUUACAUCUGGAUCGAGAGAGAUUGAAUGAGAUCGCUUCAUAUAUCUCUGAUCCAUAGCCAAAUAUGAGUAUUUUCCAAUCCAUAACCCAUUAUAUAUUUAUAUGUCAUUAACCCAUGCUCUUGUCUUCAACCAUGAAACGGUUCUCUUUCCCGUUCCAACUCCCAUCCAAACGCCACCAUACAGUGCUCCGUUCAGCGCCUACCUUUUCUUCUGCCCGUCCACCGUGCGCGAGGCGCUCUCUCGUGUAGCUACUAGACGACCGCCACCGCCGUCUGGUCUUCGUCGGGUCCUUCGCCGAUCAACACCCACCAUUUAUCGGGUGUACAUGUGUACACCCAUGUCCUACACUGGGUCCGCCCCCGAGCCUUCUGAUCCUAACAGGAAACCUGCAAAAAAGCAGACUCGACAAUGGGCUGCGUGGACACACCAAGAGGAGGAGAUUUUUUUCAAUGCGCUGCGGCAAGUAGGAAAAAACUUUGACAAGAUUACACACCGUGUUCAGAGUAAAAACAAGGAUCAGGUCAGGCAUUACUAUUAUCGUCUUGUUCGGCGCAUGAAGAAGCUACUGGGUCCUAGGUUCUCACUUGAUGCAAAAAACUCCAAGGAUACCAUUGCUGCUAUGCUUCGCUGGUGGUCUCUGCUUGAGAAAUUUAGCUGCACUGCAUCAAAGUUGCAUCUCAAACCUCGGAGGUUCAAAACAUUUGUAGAAGCACUGGGGAAACAACUGCUAAAGGACAGAAAUAAGUCCAGGAGAAAGCGUUCACGAGUGGAUAUGUGCCUACCUUCUCCAUCUCCAAUUAUCAGCAAAGCUCCUGGGAAUGAGAAUCCUCCUGUAAAGUUCCUGUCAGUAGAUGCUCAGAAUGGUAGCAGAGUAGCAUCUCCUAAAGGGUCAAUUUUCAAGCAGGUUGCAGAACCGAUUUCUAACAAGCCAGGGACAACUAAAGGGGAACUCUCUGCCACAAGAACCGUGAAACAAAAAAGGAAGGCAGGUGGCGCUGUUGCAUCUGCUGCAUAUAAGAAAUGGGAGAGAGCAGCCAUGGCUGGUGUUUCUUUAGUUGCUGAUGCAGCUGAGGAGCUCGAGCGCAACACGAUUAACCCAGGCAUUUUUUGUAAUGUUGAUGCAAGAACACUGACUUCAUUAUCAGAAAGACUUUCUAGCAUUGAUGGCAUUAGCACAAAUCAUAUGAAGGAAGCAGAUUCACAGGCACCUGUGAAGCUGAAGCUACAGUUAUUUCCAAUAAAUGAAGCUACUCGGAAGGCAUUGGAGAAGGAUGACCAUAAUCCUCAUCUAGAGCUCACAUUAAGCUCUAGAAAGAAAAUAUCAUCUGUGCUAGAACAUCUAAACCGAAAAUGGGGUAACUCAAACAUCGCAUCUGGAGAGCUUAUUCUUUUUCCAUAUUGUGCUAAUCAAGAGGAUUUGGCUACAUAUCAGAGGUGGACAACAAGAGAUACUGUUGCAGUAGCUGAUGUGUUUCUUUCUGUGAAUAGCCCGUCUGUUUUCCGUUUAAGGUAUGGUUGGGUUUCCCUUGUUGAGCUUGGAGCAGGAGUAAGUGAAAUAUCUUUAACCCAUUUUGAGGAUUGCAUGAUACCAGAAGUCAUCCAAGUCAAAUCGCCAUCAGGAGAUAAGGCUUGUGUUCAAAGUGAUGGGUUAGGGUUUCAAUUUCUAUCGCAUAUGACACCAUCUAGUACAGGCAAGAACUCGGAGCUUCCAGAUGAGCCAGCUAAUGUGCCCCCCUCUCAGUUUGGCAGCCAAAAGCAAGCUCAUGUUCCUAUAACUCAAGCUUUUGAGGAUGAUCAGGGAAUGAAUUGUGUGGCAAUAUCUGCAGUAGAGUGGGCAGAUACCCUUACAAAUAUCAGUUUUGGGCACUUACUGACAGAAGCAUCUAAAGGCACUCAUUUGGACUGCGGAGGAACUAGUGUAAAAAAUCCUUUGUUUUUUGAGAAUCCAUGCAGCUAUGACUCGUUUGAUGCUGCUGUUGCCCUUCAUGCUUCUCGUUAUCAAGCAUCAGAGCAGUCAGCCCAUGCUCCCCAUUCAACCAUAUGGGGAGCAGAAGAGACAUGUGAUGAGUUCAUCUUUAAUUUGUCAGCCUCCAGGAAGCAAGAAGGUUCAAACACUCUUAGCAGCUCUCCUGAUACUAACAAUGGAGUUCAUCCCUCAAAUUCUGAAGGAUUUAAAGGUUUUCUUGAGGACUUGGCUGGAGAGGCUGAUGCUGAUAAUCAUUAUAAUAAUGAUGAUGCCAAAGACGAGGAGUUUUAUGCCAAAUCACCACCUCGAAAUGAUGAAACUAAUGAGUUGAAGGAUCAAUCUUUAGCUGACAUAUAUUGGCCUGAUUCACUCGGACCACUGGACUUGGACAUACCGUCUGUGAGAUACGAAGCCGAUGACAUACUUAUAGGGGACAGUCAAAAUAGUUGGAACCGUCUAAUGGCAAAUAGCCUCGACGCAUUUCGAAACCUGUCAUUCUUCUCAGAUAAAAAUGACUCUAUUCCAUCGAUCAUGUAGAACUGGGGAUGUUAGGGCUUCCACGAUUUGUUUUGGUAAGGAAGGAACCUCCAAUCUGCCAUUCCCGGAAGAGGGAGCUUUAUAUUGCCCAAGUGAGCUGUUUGCUGCUGAUACGGGUAUCCAACAGAUGCGGAUUUGAUGCAUAUGAGAGGGGCUCGUGCUGUUGUAAGAUAACAUAACGGAUGUGCUAACCUGUACUCCAUGUAAAUGUGUUGCCCUUGUACAUAAAGCACAUACAAGCACUUGGGUACAGGUAAAGCUUCCUGGGGCCGAGUAUAAGAUAAGUUUGCCUAAUGACCAUCAAAUGAUUGUGCACUUCAUUCUUCCGGUUUACAUCUAAUAUGUCCACGUGGGUUAUCUCAAGGCAAUCAGAUCGGAGAAUUGUGACAAUGGAGGACUUCUGUUGAGUAGUUUAGUUACUUUGACACGAAGGAUUUCUGUAAGAUUCAGUUUUUUUUUACGAGAGCCUUUAGAACAUAGGAUUGCAAAGGGAAGGAUCCAAUGUAAUCCUUUCUUAGAAUAUAGGGUUGCAAAGGGUCCAAUGCUCUUUCCUAUGCCUCACGGAAAGAAAUCCUACGUCGAGAGUAAGCACCCUCGCAUGCAGGAGGCUUAUGUAUACCGAGACUUUCGUGUUCUAUCAUGCACGGUUUUUAGGUGAGAUCAAUCGAUACAUACUCUUUACAUUCUA